AUGGAUCCGCCAGCCCAGACCGAUUUCUCGACUUUUUUUAACGUGAUAAAUAACAAGUUGUGCAUCUCUCUACAAACUACGCAUGGGACCAACCCUGCCAACCUCCAACGGAAUCCUGAUGUUCCAGUUUGCACCCACGAUGAUCUCGACAAUGCUGUUAUCUAUGCCCAGGAAGCUCACAGAGACUGGUCCAAAUCAUCUAUUCAAAAGCGCCGAAUUGCUCUACAUGCCUUUGGUGGUGACCUGGCGAAUCAUAAGGAGGAUUUUGUUAAGCUACUUACCCAAGAGCAGGGGAAACCUCAUUCUCAGGCGAGUAUCGAAAUCACCAUGUCAGUGAAAUGGCUCAAAGAUCUUUGUUCAAUCCAACUUCCAGAAACGGUCGUCAUCGACGACGACGAUUCUCAAGUCGUCGAACGUUAUGUGCCGCUAGGUGUUGUUGCUGGCAUUGUUCCUUGGAACUUUCCGGUUUUGCUCGCUAUCGGCAAAAUCGCAUCUGCCGUAUAUACUGGAAACUCCAUUAUUAUCAAGCCAUCGCCAUUCACUCCCUAUUGUGCUCUCAAGCUCGGCGAACUGGCGGCAAAGGUUUUCCCUCCUGGUCUGAUACAAGUGUUGAGUGGCGAUGAUAGUUUGGGCCCUUGGAUCACAAGCCAUCCAGGUAUUGACAAGAUCAGCUUCACUGGAUCAACUGAAACUGGAAAGUUGGUGCUUGCAAGUAGCGCAAAGACACUUAAAAGGGUCACCUUGGAGCUGGGAGGAAAUGACCCUGCGAUUGUCUGCGAGGAUGUUGACAUCGAUGAUAUUGUACCCAAUCUUGCUACUUUAUGCUUUCUGAAUUCUAGCCAAGUGUGUAUGAUGAUCAAACGACUAUACAUACAUGAGAAGAUCUACGACCGAUUUCGCGCCGCAUUUAUCGAAUACACAGCCUCUCUCAAGGUUGGUAAUGGAACCGAGCCAAGCACCUUUUUUGGACCCGUCCAGAACGCUAUGCAGUACGCAAAGCUCAAGGAUUUACUAUCAUCAAUCAAUUCUGAAGGGUUGAGCGUUGCAUUAGGGGGAACAAUCACUGAGUCAGAGGGUCUCUAUAUUCACCCAACUAUAGUUGAUGAUCCACCUGAAAGUUCAAGAAUUGUACAGGAAGAACCAUUCGGCCCGAUUAUCCCAUUGAUGAGAUGGUCGAGCGAGGAGGAUGUCAUUGCAAGGGCAAACUCGACAAAGACCGGCCUCGGCGCAUCGGUUUGGUCGAAAGAUCUCAAACGUGCUGGCGAAAUUGGGAAGCAGCUUCAAGCUGGCAGUGUCUGGAUCAAUUCUCAUUUUGAAGUGGCUCCGAAUGUCUCUAUCGGCGGGCAUAAAUGGAGCGGUAUUGGCUCAGAGUGGGGAGUGAGUGGCUUAAUCUCGUAUUGUAACCUUCAAACUUUAUGGCAUAAGAAGAGAUAG